CUCAAACUCCCAAGAUGGCGGCGGCGUCUGAGGAGCGAAUGGCUGAGGAAGGAGGCGGCAGCCACGGCGACGGCGGCUCCUGUUCGGCCUCCGGCUCCGCUCAGCGACAGCCCCCCCCGACCCCGUCGCAGGCCCCGCAGCUGGGAUCCCAGGCACCCGCGGCGCCCGCGCUAGCUCCGGACCACCUGCCUCAAAACAACACACUGGUGGCGCUGCCCAUCGUAGCCAUCGAGAACAUACUCAGCUUUAUGUCCUACGACGAAAUUAGCCAGCUCCGCCUGGUUUGUAAAAGAAUGGACUUGGUCUGUCAGAGAAUGUUGAAUCAGGGAUUUCUGAAAGUGGAGAGGUACCACAAUCUAUGUCAGAAGCAAGUUAAAGCACAACUGCCAAGGAGAGAGUCAGAAAGGAGAAACCAUUCCUUAGCUCGUCAUGCAGAUAUCCUUGCUGCCGUGGAAACAAGGCUGUCACUGUUAAAUAUGACUUUCAUGAAGUAUGUGGACUCCAACCUCUGUUGCUUCAUACCAGGAAAGGUAAUUGAUGAGAUUUACCGUGUACUGAGAUACGUCAAUUCUACCAGAGCCCCUCAGCGAGCCCAUGAAGUGCUACAGGAAUUACGGGACAUCUCCUCCAUGGCCAUGGAGUACUUUGAUGAGAAGAUCGUUCCCAUUCUGAAGAGGAAAUUACCAGGAUCAGAUGUGUCUGGAAGACUCAUGGGCUCUCCUCCAGUUCCUGGACCAUCUGCAGCCCUGACGACAAUGCAGCUCUUCUCCAAGCAGAACCCUUCGAGACAGGAGGUCACCAAGCUCCAGCAGCAGGUUAAAACCAAUGGUGCUGGUGUGACUGUCCUCAGGCGUGACAUUUCUGAGCUCCGCACCAAAGUGCAAGAACAGCAGAAACAGCUUCAAGACCAAGACCAGAAACUGCUAGAGCAGACCCAGAUCAUAGGUGAACAGAACGCACGGCUGGCAGAGCUGGAGCGGAAGCUUCGAGAAGUCAUGGAAAGUGCAGUAGGAACAUCCUCAAGUUCUGGGCAGGGUGAGGACUCUCCUCGGAAACGAAGGAAGGCGACAGAAGCCAUAGACUCUCUUAGGAAAUCCAAACGACUUCGGAACAGGAAGUAAAUUGGAAUGUGGCUGUAGCUCUGGGGAAGAUGUCUGUGGCUGGGAGUUUAAGCAGCUCUUCCUGUCAGGAUACUGGAGCAACAUGGCGUCCCUUAGGCUUCCAGGCGAUCAGAACACAACUUACACUUGGCUCUUGUGGUUGGCGUCCCUUCUCGCGCUUCUCUGGUGGAGCUGAUGCAGAGAACCUCUUACUUUGCAAUAGAUCUGUACUAACCAGACCCAUGCUAUCAUGUUUGGGAGCUAACGUUUUUCCUGUGCAGAUGAUGUGUUAAGUUUGUCUGUUUCAGCAUAUAUGCACAUUACAUACGGAUUUUAACAAACCAUUCUUGACAGACUCAAAGUUAAGUUUAAUACAUAAAAUGUCCUGUUCACUUGAAAGAAAAAAAAUCUACUUUUUAAAUGGACACUAUCUUGUUUUUUGUUUUGUUUUUUUUUUUUUUUAAAGGUUGACUUUUUGUUUGUUGUAAGUGACCUCUGUCUGGAAUGUCUGAGAAGUUAAUAGUGUGCUGUUGCAGUGGUGGGUAAGGAAGGCCCGCAGAGUGUUACUGUAGGGGCUCUACAGUACUGACUAUAUUUUUAUAAGCUACUGGCAAGGGAUGUUUCCAGUUAUUCGAUACAUGCUUUCAGUUUUCCUUGGGGCCGUGGCCUACAUCUGCAUGGAUGGAUGCAUGCAUUGCCUAGUCAGCUCUUGCACUGGUGUCCAUCUUGACCUCUGCACCACUUGCAGAGCUGCGCCUUCGCUUACUGUCUUCCUCUGCAGCAGCUUGCCUGGAGGGGAGAAUUGGCAGUCCAUUUGUCCUCCGGUUUCGCAGGCACAAGAGACUGUAGAGUCCAUGAUGUGCCCUUUCUCUGUAGGGUUCAGGUACACUGGCCACGCCUCUUUGUGUAGAUGUCAGACCUCUGGGAAGCAGUCAUGAGGCUGACUGUCACUAUGCUCAUGGGUCAACCAUGACGAAUAGGGACCCAACUGAAGGAAAGCUCCUUGAAGAAAAUGUGCCGUGAAAUUAGUUUGAUCAUUUCAUAUCUAAGGGCUGAGCCGGGUGAAGCCUUUGAAUACCACUUUCGAGCUCCCGUGAUAACUCUGACAGAAACUUUAGAUUUCUUUGCACUGUUUUGAGCUCGUAACUGGAAAAGUGUGUCUUGCACUGUCCAACCUUCUGAGUGGUUACCUUCACACUCUCCAAAUUGUGUAAAGUGGUUCUUUUCCCCGUUGUAUAUUUUUGAAACAUCCAACAAUCACUGUCCUAUUUUAUUUUAAUGUACUAAAUUAUGUAGUUUUGUUCUUUUAACCAUCUGUUGCUUUGGGCUUCAGUAUUUAUAGUAAUUUAGCUGUGAGAUAGUCAAAACUAUCCCUUUCCAGGUGAAAGUUGACGCCUGUGGAGAACUAAGGUUUGGUAAUCCCACAGUGGGAGGAAAGCAUGAGGGUGUCCUCCGUCCAGCACGCUGUUUUGUGCAUCCGGUAGGCUACUUUCACCGAGUGACACUUCCUGCCCCUUCUUAGGAUUGUCCCCUCAUGAUCCUGCCCUUCCUUGGGUUUUGUUCAAGUCUGGCUUUGAAGGUCCGUUUACGAUGUAGUGUGUUUCAGUGAGAAUCCGCAACAUGGCAUCCAAGUGUCUCAUGGUUUGUUGGGAAGGUAAUUUUAAAAUAAACAGUUUCCUAAAAUGA